AUGGGUUUGCCUAUGUUCCGAGAACCCGAUGAGAUCGCUGCAGAACAAGCCGCUGCAAAACUCGAUCAAAUUGCCGCGACCAGGCGUUCAACUAUCCGCCGCGAAUCUACCGUGCGACCACAUCGUCAAUCACCUCCCGAACGUGAUUCCGCUCGUCGACCAAGUCCACGAGCCCAGAAUAUUCAUCGUUUCCGAGACUUGAUUUCCCGCCAUCAACGCGACCAAGAAUCCUAUACUCGAAAUGCCGAGAUAGAAACACAACUUGAUCUGGAAACACAAAUUGAAUUCCUGCGGAGACAACGCAUGGAAAGAAUGAGAAAUGGCAUCCCUACUUCCCGCAUGUCACCAGACGCCCUCGACAUGUUCACUCGCGCUGAAAGCCACCUCGAUGAUAGCCCUAUGAAUGAUACUAGUUCAGAUUUGACUAUUGACAUGUCAACCCCACAUGCCUUGGAUACCGUCUCACAGAACCUCCCACGCCCAUCUCGAGAAUCCGGGCUGAGAUUUGAGGUUGCGGCCUCUUCGCACUCUGAAUCUGAACAGCCUCGCCGACCGCGCUAUUCUGGGCGCCUCACCCGCAGAGCUGGCAGCAGAGCCGGUCCACCUGGAUCGGGCCCUAACAUCGCAAGUUUAACCCCGGGGUUUGCGCCUGCUCAUGGCCCCUUUCGCCAAACUUCACAACCGAUCGAUGACCGAUUUUCUCGGGAACCUGAUGCGUCGUCGACUGCCGUUCCUGGUCUGCCGCUCUCGCCGGUUCUAGACCAUCCUGAAUCAGACACAACCCAAAACCAACCGCCUUAUCCUCCUUUACGUCGCGUCAGCCACUUAUCUCCACGCCCUAUGAACAAUACUGGUGCCAGAGUAGAUGGCCUGGGUGACCGGCUUCGAAGUCCCAGCCCAGUGUCUGACGGACAUGACGAAGAGAAUUGGGCCAAUCUUUUGACUACCAUUCAGCCAGGAAGGGCAAGCAAUGCGACGUCAUUCAUGUCCUCGAGGUCUGAUUCUCAAUCCGAUUCGAAUCGAUCAUCACAAGCAGCUACCACCGCGACAAGUUUUGGAGAAAUUGGGGGCGAUGACUCGUGUGACCUGGAUUUGCCUUUUGGGAUCACCGAAGAUGAUGUCCGCGACAUCCGCGCCCGCGCUGGAAGACUCCGACCGCGAGAUACAUUCCGCACGUCCAUGGAGAGGAUGCACGAGGACUUGAAUCGAGAUAUGGAUCGAAGCGAACACCAGAUGCAUGAAUUGACUCUAUUCUCCAAUAUCCUCGUGCGAAUGCAACGAAGGGAGGAAAUCACUGAUGACAUGUGGGCCGCAGUCGGACUGUCGCCAGAUGUUGUGUUAAGAGGCGGUGCCUGA